UGAAAGCCACCGGCUUCCUUGCGCUCUGCCUUCGGGGGAGCACAGUCAGCCCACGAGCCGGCGCUCUGCCCCCGGGAGCGCUGCCCUCGGCAAUAGACAGCCCCAUGCCGCCCCCGUCCCGUUUUGCUUUAAAUCCUUAUCAUUAAGCCGUUGCAACUUCCUCCCUCUACAGCGGGACCGAGCUCUGCGAGGAGCUCCUAGCUCCCCCCGCCCCCGGCUCUCGAUCAAGCAGCGCCGCAGGGACCCUUCUCCUCGUGCAAGGCCCUCCGCGGGUGGCUCCUUUUUAUUUCGCUUCCCGUUUAAAAAGACACCAACCUGUCUGCUGAGCGUGUUUCCCUUCUAGUAAGGAAGCGCCACCUCUGCGAGGGCUUGAUUCGUCUAGCACUUCUUAAGAUAAUUUAUGGAGCAACCUGAUGAGCUUACUGGCUAAGUUGCACGGUCCUUUUAGAGUCGGAUCCUACCUGGCUGGGGGGUUGUCUCCCUCUCGCUCCUACGCGCUGGGGGGGGGGGGGACGACGACGACACCGAGAUUGCAGAGUAACUACUAGAGAGUGACUUGUAAGAAAACCAGGGAAGAGAGACUGAAAGCCAAUGGAUUCAUGGAGGCGUCCCUCCUUCCCGUGGCCUCUUUGCAGUCCCUGCAGCAGGGUGAGACUUCUGCUCCUGCUAUUGACCGUGCGGUUGGGGAACUGUGCUGAUAAAGCAGAUGAUGAGGAUGAUGAAGAUCUAACAGUGAAUAAAACAUGGGUACUUGCACCAAAGAUACAUGGUGGACAUGUCACUCACAUACUGGACUCCUUACUUCAAGGCUAUGACAGUAAACUUCGGCCAGAUAUUGGAGUGAGAACUACAGUAAUUGAAACAGAUGUCUAUGUUAACAGCAUUGGCCCAGUUGAUCCAAUCAAUAUGGAAUACACCAUAGAUAUAAUUUUUGCCCAGACCUGGUAUGAUAGUCGCCUAAAGUUUAACAGCUCAAUGAAAGUGCUUAUGCUUAAUAGCAAUAUGGUUGGAAAAAUUUGGAUUCCAGACACUUUCUUUCGGAACUCAAGAAAAUCUGAUGCUCAUUGGAUCACAACUCCAAAUCGUUUGCUUCGAAUCUGGAGUGAUGGACGAGUAUUGUAUACUCUGAGGUUGACAAUUAAUGCUGAAUGUUAUCUUCAGCUUCAUAACUUUCCUAUGGAUGAGCAUUCCUGUCCUCUGGAGUUUUCAAGCUAUGGAUACCCCAGAAAUGAAAUUGAAUACAAAUGGAAGACAACCGCUGUUGCAGUCGCAGAUCCCAAAUACUGGAGAUUGUACCAGUUUGCAUUUGUAGGGUUACGAAAUACAACUGAAAUUUCUCAUACUCUGUCUGGGGACUAUAUUAUCAUGACAAUCUUCUUUGAUCUGAGCAGACGCAUGGGAUACUUUACUAUUCAGACAUACAUUCCUUGUAUACUAACAGUUGUUCUUUCAUGGGUCUCAUUUUGGAUUAAUAAAGACGCUGUGCCUGCAAGGACAUCAUUAGGUAUUACUACAGUAUUGACUAUGACAACACUAAGUACAAUUGCUAGGAAAUCUCUCCCCAAGGUUUCAUAUGUGACAGCAAUGGACCUUUUUGUUUCAGUUUGCUUCAUUUUUGUGUUUGCUGCCUUGAUGGAGUAUGGCACCUUGCAUUACUUCACCAGCAACAAAAAAGGGAACAAAGAGAAAGAGAAGUCAUCAAAACACAAGCCAGCUAAAUCGCCUGCAAUUGCUGUCCGUCCUGGAUCAACAUUAAUAGCAAUUAACAACAUUAAUCAUCUCCAACAGCAUGACGAGGAUUAUGGAUAUGAGUGCCUCGAAGGCAAAGACUGCACCAGCUUUUUUUGUUGUUUUGAAGAUUGCCGCACAGGUUCUUGGAGAGAAGGAAGACUACACAUCCGUGUUGCCAAAAUCGACUCCUAUUCUCGAAUCUUCUUUCCAACAGCCUUUGCCUUGUUCAAUCUCGUUUAUUGGAUUGGCUACCUUUACCUAUAAAUUCCAGAGGUUUGACAAAUUCAGAAAAAGGAUAAUUUAACAUUGAUACUGUUUAAUGUACCUCAGUGAACAAUAUAGAAUUAGAGCUGCUCAAAAUUUCUGAAAUUUGCAUGAAAAUUGAAAUUCUUGAAAAAAUGAAAGGAAAUAGAAUGACAUUUUCAUAGUUUUCCAUCUCUAAUUGAUCAAUUAUAUAGCUAAUUUUUAACUUUUGAAAUUAGGGGUGAAACUUUCAAAAUACUUUUUCUGAAGUUCUUUCUUUUUUUCCAGCUCUAACACAAAUGCAGAGAAACCAGUGGUUAAAUGGCUGAAUCCGACACCUCGUCAUAACUUUUAAGUUUUGUUUUUAAAUGGAACAACAGCUAAACAUUGUAGCAUCUCUUACACCAAAGUUAACAAAGCCUUAAUAAAAGAGGUUUAGCGCCACUGUUAUUGAAUCAUUCUCAUAUCUACCUUUUCUACCACAGAGUGACUUUUAAAAAUAAAAAACACCUAAACUUUUAUAAAUUCCUAUUUUAAAGAGGUUGGCAUGGAAUAUUCCUCUGGUCCAUUUAACCAUUUGUCCUCUGCAUAAUACUGGUAACAAGUAUGUGUAAACCUGAAUGCACUUAAUUAGCACUUAAUGAAAGCAGCAUGAAACUGACAGGUUAUAUGAAGGCAAUAGUAAUUCUGAACUGGUGUGAUCCUGACAAUCACAUAAGUUUUUUUGUGCUUAAAACUUGGGUUAAGUUUAUGCUUGUACUUUUCCCAUCAUUACUUAGCUAUUGGUAGUUUCCUAGGGUUCCGAAAAAAGGGCAAAAUCCUGCAGAGAUCCUUAACUAGUGUAAAUUGGUGCAGCUCUACUGAUUUCACCAGAACUAUUCCACUUUAAACCAGAUCAGGAUCUGGCCCUGAACAUGGUGCUUCUCCUUCCUUUCUCCUGCUCCCUUCCCCCAACAAGUCUCAUUCAUUUAAAUGGACUACCCAUUGUUGUAAAAACCAUUGUGCACAGUAGAGUUUGUAGGACGUGGGGCCAGCUAUUGUUCUCCCAAAUACUGCCACUGUCACAUGAUAUUCAGAGGCAUUACUUUCCAACUCCAGCCCUCAGAGCAAACGGCAUGGCCUCCUUCACUUCAUCAGAAACCCAUAUUGUUUACAGGUUAAUCCAAAAUGGUAGUGCUUCUAUUGAUUCUGUUUGUCUCCGUGUGUCUCCUUCUGAGCCAACACUAAAAAGCAGCAGUU